GUCAUGCCCUCAAAGAAGCCAAUACAUUCUAGGUAUCCAUCGAUACAACGCCCGUGGAAUGUAGUAGGAGAAUGCUGUGUCAUAAAACACAGAGACUUUUGGGUACAGGAGCGCUCGUAUUUAACUCGUGGGGACUCUUCCGUCUGGCCACUUGUAAAGAAGGACGUGAGCACAUGGCUGGCCUGUCACAGGAAUCCUCUCCUUCACAAUGCAGACUGCUGUCUACAGACAGUAGCACCAAGACUGUCAAGAAGUUGUCUGUGGAAGGCAAUAUUGCAGCAGGUAAAUCUACAUUCCUGAGACUGUUAUGCAGCGCCCAGCGAGAAUGGUGCCUGAUGGAGGAGCCUCUCAGGAAGUGGCAGCAUGUCCAUACUGCUUCCCGUCAGGAGGUGGACAAUUUGCUGCAGCUCUUGUAUGAUGAUCCAGCCCGGUGGUCAUACACCUUUCAGACACUCUCCUGCAUGAGCCGCUUCAAAGCUCAGAUUGAGACAUCUCCAGAACAUUUGCUGAAGCAGAGGGAACCCAUUCAGAUAUUUGAGAGAUCAAUAUACAGUGACAGAUUUGUAUUUGCCAAGGCUCUUUUUGACCUUGGCCAUUUAAGUGAACUUGAGUGGACUUUGUACCAAGACUGGCACUCAUUUUUAUUGGAGAAGUUUGGCAAGAGAGCUGCCUUGGAUGGGAUUAUCUAUCUGCGAGCAACCCCAGAAAAGUGCCACGAGAGACUUCAGAAGAGGGGGCGGAAGGAAGAAGCGACGGUUACUGAAGGCUACCUGAAAAAGCUUCAUGAUCAGCAUGAAUGUUGGCUCAUAGAGAGGACAACAGACGUCCAUUGUCAGCACAUUAGGGACAUCCCAGUCCUUGUGUUAGAUGUUGAGGAGGAAUUUGAAGGAGAUCCAACAGUUAGCGGACAUCUAAGUAAUAAAGUGAAGGAGUUUGUUGCCAGUUUAUAAGGUUGGCUGUUAUCUGUAUGACAUGCUCCUGAUAUUGAUGACCUAUCCGCAGGAUAGGUCAUCAAUAUCAAUCAGUGAGGGUCUGACAACCUGAUGCCCUAGCGAUCAGCUGUUCCCUGUAGGCUCCAGCCUUGGAACAAGAGUUACUGC